GACAGUCAAACCUGCCUCUCUGCCCUCUCCUUCCAGCGGUGGAGAGAAAUUCAACUUUCUGAACGGCUGCCACGACACGAGUCGCGCCUGAGGGGUCUCCUGUGAGGGCAGAAGUGCUGUAUGUCCAGAGGCUUCCCCUGGGACCUCAUUACACGGUGUUGGGCUUCGUUGGGUACUGUACAGCAUCUUCAGCGCACCGGAGAAAUGAACUGAGCUAGUAGAGGAGAGCACUCAUUUCCUGAGGACGCCCGAGAUUUACAGUGAAACCAUGAGGUCACAGAAGAGCCCAGGAGUGGUUGGUGUGCUGAGCUUGAUCACCUGUAUUUGUGCCUUUUAUAUGACUACUGCCAUUGACAUCCCACUUGAGGUUGAGCAGCUGCCCACCAUCACAGCUCAGUCGCCCAGCUCUCUCAUCGCCUUCCCUUUUGAUGAGAGCUUCCCCGUGACGUGUGAAGCCAAAGGGAAUCCCGAGCCAGAAUUCAGAUGGACAAAGAAUGGCCAGGAAUUUGACCCCUUUCUAGACCCCCGGCUGAUGAAAGAAGAGAAUUCUGGGACCUUUGUGAUACCUAAUAAUGGGAACAUUACAGAGUACCAGGGAACCUAUCGCUGUUACGCCUCAAACAAACUGGGGACCGCCAUAUCGAUGGAGAUUGACUUUAUUGUGCCCCAUGUUCCAAAGUUUCCGAAAGAAACACUUGAUCCUGUCGAGGUGGAGGAAGGCCAGCCUUUUACUUUAGAGUGUAACCCACCGAAAGGAAUACCACCUCUGCAGAUUUACUGGAUGACUAUCAAUCUUCAGCACAUAGAACAGGAUGAGAGGGUGUCUAUGGGUUUGAACGGAGACCUUUACUUCUCUCACGCGGUGGAGAAGGACAGCAGGAGAGACUACUGCUGCUUCGCCGCCUUCCCAAGAAUACGAACCAUCGUUCAGAAGACUGCCAUGUCUGUCAUCGUCAGGACGAAAAAAAGUGACAUGAGUCCUGAAGCUGCUAAUGCUAUCCUGGAGAGAAGGCCCUCUCUUCUGACGCCCUCUGGUGUCAGAUCAGAGACACAGCUUGUCAAAGGAGAGGACUUGAAAUUGGAGUGUAUUGCUGAGGGAUUUCCUACCCCACAGGUCGAGUGGGUGAAGAUGGGUUACCAGCUUCCUUUUAAAGCAAAACUGGAGAAUCAUGGAAAAUUGCUGAUUUUACCAAGAGUUGAAAAGGAAGACAGUGGGAAGUACAUGUGCAAGGCAAAGAACACAUUAGGAGAAGCCGUCCAUUACUUCAUAGUGACAGUAGAAGAGCCUCCAGAGUGGGUGGUUGAGCCUGAGAGUCAGCUUAGCAUGAUCGGCUCAGACGUGCUCAUCAAGUGCUCCGCCAAUGGGACUCCUCAACCGGCUAUAACUUGGAGGGUGAACGGUGUACCUCUGCAAGAAGCCCCGGCAGCCAACAGGAAGAUGUUUCGUGACACCAUGGUUUUGCAUAACGCCAAAGCGUCUGACAGUGCGGUCUAUCAAUGUGAGGCAUCCAACAGACAUGGAAACCUUCUGUCCAAUGCAAACAUCAUGAUUAUGAAUCUGCCGCCCAUGAUUUUGACUAAAGAGGGGGAAGAUUACUCGGCUGUAGAGGGGAAGGGGAUAAUGAUGCACUGCAAGGUCUUCAGCUCUCCUCCCUCCACUGUCACCUGGAGCAAAGACGACUCCUCUGACUCCGUGGAGGGGCCAAGAUUUACUGUUCACGACAACGGAUCGCUGGAGAUCUACAGUGUGGUGAAAGAUGACAUGGGACAGUAUACAUGUUUAGCUAAAAACACAGAGGGGUCAUCUGCCAUCGACGCCAUGCUCUAUGUGAAAGAUCCCACUAGAAUAGUCGUGGACCCAGAGGACCAGCAGAUCUUAAUAGGUACCACGGCCCAGCUCUCAUGCCUAGCAGAGUACGACAAGUCCUUCACCAACGACUUUGAGCUCCUGUGGGAGAAAGAUGAUAUGGAGAUAGCCCUCAACAACACUGUGAAUUCAAGCAGAUACUUAGUGGAGGAUGGUAUUCUCCAGAUUAUCAAUGUAAGCCACAGGGACCAGGGUUUGUACACAUGUGUGGCAAGAACUCCAGUGGACCGAGACAUGGCGUCAGCUCUGCUCAUGGUGUUAGAUGUCCCUGAUGCACCUGACAACUUGGUACUUUCUGAACACAAGAGCAAAAGUGUGAAACUGAAAUGGAUCCCUGGGGACGAUCACAACAGCUCAACCACAGAGUUUAUUAUCGGGUACGAGGAAAGCCAGUGGGAGCCAGGAAGCUGGAAGGAGCUGCUCCGAGUACCCGGAAACCACAACUCGGCCAUCCUCAAACUCCACGGUCAUGUCGACUAUCGCUUCCGUGUGUCAGGAGUUAAUGCUGUGGGGAGGGGUCCUCCCAGCGAGCCCACAGAGAGAUACAAAACCCCCCCAGCAGCCCCUGACAAGAACCCUGAAAAUAUCAAAAUCGAAGGUCAUUUGCCACAUGAAAUGGAUAUCAACUGGGAGCCUUUGUUACCGAUUGAGCACAAUGGCCCUGGUCUGGAGUAUAAGGUGAGUUACAGAAGACAGGACAUGGAGGAGGACUGGAAGGAACACAUGGUGAAGAGACACUCAUUUGUGGUGAAGAACACUCCCACCUUUGUUCCCUAUGAGAUCAAGAUCCAAGCCAAGAACCAUCAGGGCUGGGGUCCCGAGCCCAAGAUAGUGACUGGCUACUCCGGAGAGGACUUUCCCUCUGCUGCUCCUGAUGAUGUACAUGUGGAGGUGAUGAACAGCUCAGUGGUCAAGGUUACCUGGACGCAUGUACACAAGGACAAGCUACAUGGACAUCUGGGAGGCUACAGGAUAAACUGGUGGCGUCUGCGCAGUCUGGUGGACUCCAAGAAAAGCCACGGAAACAAACACGCACUGACGUUCCCCGGGGACUGGAACCACGCCACGAUAUCAGGACUCAUGCCGUUCUCCGAGUACAGCCUCAUUGUUAUGACCUUCAACGGGCGGGGCAAUGGUCCUGGCAGCCAUCCCGUCAACUUCAAAACCCCCGAGGGAGUGCCUGAGAAAAAUCCUGUUUUCAGGGUCACAGAUGUGCAGAAGCACACUGUCUCUCUGGUCUGGGCCCCGCCAAUUGAGCCUAAUGGGAUUCUCACCGGCUACCUCCUCGAGCAUCAGCUCAUCAACGACACAGAGGAGAUGGGGCCACUGCAGAAAGUAGACAUCAGCAACCCUGACACCACCAAGUGGCUCCUGCGCGACUUGGAGCCCAUGAGCAAAUACAAGUUCUACCUGCGCUCCUGCACAACAGUGGGCUGCGGGCCUGUUGUCAGCGAGGAGUGCACCACCACCCUGGAAACAAGUGAGGGUCACUGGAAGAUUUCAGAGGCCUUAAACACCUCUAAGACUUUCCACAUCAUUGACGGGCUUGAACCUGGGACUGAGUACACUGUUCGCCUUAUUCCUAACAGCCGGGUUGAGAAUUCUAGUAUAUUUGAAGAUGUUAUCACGACCAGGUCCACAGGUCUAGCCAGCAUCCACGGAGGAAUAACCACCCAGGGCUGGUUUAUCGGCCUGAUGUGUGCCAUCGCUCUCCUCACUCUCAUUCUGUUGAUCGCCUGUUUUGUCAACAGAAAUAAAGGAGGGAAGUAUUCCGUAAAAGAAAAAGAAGAUCUUCACCCAGACGUGGAGUCCCAGGGCAUGAAUGACGACACAUUUUGUGAGUACAGCGACAACGAUGAGAAGCCACUGAAGGGCAGCCAACGCUCUCUGAGCAGAGAGAUCAAAGCGGGGGACAGUGGGGACAGUCUGGUGGACUAUGGCGACGAGGAUGCUCAAUUCAACGAGGACGGCUCUUUUAUCGGCGAGUAUGCAGGGCGAAAGGAGAAGAGGGUGUCCGCUGAGAUCAAAGCCACUGUUCAGACCCCGGCAUGAGGAGCGGAACCACCAUCCAUCCUCCCCCGGACACCGUUUUCAUUAAAUCUGCUGGGAGGAACAAAUAAAAGAGGAAACAGACAUUAUCCAUACCGAGCACAUGUUUUGUGUCAAAUGUAAUGCGUCACUGCCAACUGCACACUGCCAUUCUCAUUUUAUGAAGCUCUGUUUUCUCAAGUUGCAACAGAAUGACCAUUACUAAAUACUGUGUAAAUAUAGUGUAUAUUCUAUGUGUGGAGUGUCUUUUUUUUUUUUAUAAUUAUUAUUACACAAAACAUUUAGAGGGCUUGGAUUUUCUCUUUUUCCUUUUCCAUGACUUCUGCUGCAGUACUGUUUGUACAAAUGUUAGGAAAAUUUCACUCCCCAUUGCACGUCAUUAAAUGCAGCUUUUCCUCUGAUGUCAUCUUGUAGCAGACCACAGAUGAGUGGGGAUAUCAAGUUGAUAUUUUUCAAUUGGAGAAAAUAUUACUGACCUUUUAUAUUUGAAAUGGAUUCAUUAAAUGUGACGUAAGAUGUGUACAAAGGGUUGCUUAUUAACUUAUUUUUUCCAGUGGUUUUAUACCUGACAAAAUAACAAGGGCAUUUACAUAUCAUUUCAUAUCAUAAACAUUGAUUCUUGAACCAUAGAAUUCCCUGUAAUGUUAGAGGAAAAUAUAAUUUAGUUGUUAUGCCUUGUUUAUGAACAUUUAGAUCCAUUGGACACUAUAAAUUACAAACCUCAGACCAAGCUUACUGUUGUUGAGAUUUGGAAGAGAUUUUCAAAAAUGUAAUCCAUUAUAGGUCACGUUUUUUAUCAACAUCUUGAAUUAAAAGUACAAGCACUAUUACAAUUUAUUCCAGUUUAUAGAUCAAUUAUUUUACAAAACUACAACUGCCAUUAGCUGUUGUUUCAAACAAUGACACAAGUGAAGUUUCUCUUAAAUCUAACCCCUAAAAAAGGUUUUAGUUUUACAAGUAGCCACAUAAACGUCAUAGGAAUAGUUUGACAUUUUGGGAAGUACUUGCUUUGUUGCCCAGAGUCAGAUGAGAAGAUUGAUACCGGUCUUGUGUCUGUACAGUAAA